AGGGUUGUUUUGUUUCCCCGGUACGCCUUUAUAAUUUCUUCCCACAGCUCUUUUGCCUCCUCCUCCCUCUCCCGAAUUUUUCUCUCAUUUUUUUCUUUCUCUCUUUUGCGUCCCAUCACUUUCUCGGAUUUUCUCGGCGACUUUCUUCCGUCCCAAGCUCUGCUUCGCUCCGUCUCCUCACCUCCUCCGAGGAUCGCUCUUGAUUCUUCUCUUCUCCUCUUCUCCGCCCGAUCUGUUUACUGUUUUUUUUUUUGUUUUACUGGUGUGGCAUAGUCAUGGAGGAAUUUAGGCAUCUGUGUUACUGAUUCUGACGGCGAUUGAAUCAAAUACUGUUCCGCCUUUGAAUACCAUGGAGCUGGUGAAACAAGAUGGAAAUGAUUCACUCGAUAUGCUCAUCAGACGAGCGGUUGGAAAGGAUCCUUUUCUUUCCUUCCCUAGACCUGAGAAUAGCCCAGUCCAGCUUUUUCAACUUCUCCAUACCUUAGAACGUCCAGGCUGGCCAUUGCUGACUCCUUUGAAGAUACAAAUGCAGAAGUGUGAAAAAUGCAGUAGGGAGUUUUGCUCUCCUGUGAACUUUAGAAGGCAUAACCGCAUGCAUCGGCGUCAAAGAAAGCCUGAAAAGGAUUCUGGCAAAGAGAGGGAUGCACUGGGAGCCUUUUGGAACAAGCUUUCUGCAAUUGAUGCUAAGGAGAUUCUCUCAUUAAAGAGCAUGAUGCUGGAGGAUGUUCCUGGGGCAUCAGUUGAGUCAGGACUAAUGUCACUUAUCGAAAAACCAGGAUACACUGCCCUGCCGCAAUAUUAUUUAAGAGCUGGCUCUGGCAUUUUGGAUGUUCUCCAGUCUAGACCACCAAGGUUCCCAGUUUCUUCGCAGGAACUUUUUAGCAUUCUCGAUGAUGCAAGUGAAAAAACAUUCCUGUCUAACGAGGCUGCACCAAUGCAAAAAUACAUUUUUGAUGGGGAAAUUGGAAAAAGUGUACUUGAGGCAAAAAAUGUCAUUGCUUGCGCAAGCUUCCUCCUGGAACAGCGAUUGAUCAAAGCAUGGCUGGCUGACAAAGAUGCAGAAGCUCUGAGGUGCCAAAAUUUACUGGUUGAAGAGGAAGAAGCUGCUCAAAGAAGACAAGCUGAGCUCUUGGAGAGGAAGAAGAGGAAGAAGCUAAGACAGAAAGAACAGAGAGAGAAGGAACAGAAAAAAGAUGCUAAGGAAGUCGAGAGUACCACAUCAGAGGAACAACAAUAUCCAGCUGAGUCAUCAAGCCAGUUAUCUGUAGCUUCUGAUUCCGAGGCACAGAGACCAGAUUCCAUAUCGAUUGAUGCUUCUUCAUCCCUAGAGGACCCUCAAGUUUUGGAAACUAAUAAUGGGAGAAACGAUGAAUGUCAAGCGCCAAUCGUUGAUGAUGAUGGCUUUGCCAAUGGCCAAAACAUGGAAAGGCAAAAUGGUCGUAGGUCGAAUGGGUUCCAUGCUAAUCAUGCACCAAAACUUGGAAACAUGCGAAAGAAUGGAAUCAACAGAGACACUAGGGUCAAUACAGCUAAAGUUUGGAGCCGAAAAUUAGAUAACCCCAGACUGAUAUCACAACAUGCAGCAGUAACUCAGCUAGAUCAAACAAGGAACGGCGACCUUCUGAUUGGAUCAGUGAGUUUAACAAUCCAAAAAGGUAGUUUCAGCGGAGAGCAUAACCAACCCAAAUGCAGUGAAGCUGAAAGAAGAACAAAGACUGUUGAGGUGAAACCCAUAUCUGAGCAAGCAACUAUAAAGAUAUGGAGACCAGUGAGCAGUCAGGGAAGGAAAGUUUCAGCAGUCCAUGAAAACGCAGACAAAGAAGAUAAAAAUUCAAACCCAACUGCACCCGAAGUAAAGACCGCUCAACAUCACAUAAGCUUGCAGUUUAACAACCACAAAGCAAAGGCAUUUCUUGCAGAGAGAUGGAAAGAGGCAACCUCUGCAGAACAUGUGACAUUGGUUCUGUCUCAGGAAACAUACAUCUCGGGCAACAACACUCACGAAUCCUCAAAUGGUGUUAUAAACGCAAGACCAAAGCCGAGGAUGAAACCCGAAAAGGGAACGAAGGUAAAAUAUGUUCCAAAACAGAGGAUUCCUUGAGAAACUUGAAAACAAAAGACUAGCUUGACUCUGGACCAGAGUAUCAUUCUUUUUAGGUAUACCAAAAGUGCAGUUUUAGCGGGAGAGACAGAUCUUUUCUUUUGCUUCUAGAGAGAUUUUUCCCAUUUAAAGAGUCUUCCAUUCUUUUUUUUUUUCACUUCUCUAUUCUCUAUAGGAAGAUAUUGAUUUGUUAUUUUGUUGAACUUUUUUUGCCAUGGAAAUUUGAAACUUUGAAAUGGGGUUCUUUGAUU